CUUGCUGCCACAUACAUUGCAGGAGAAGGGUUUGGCACCUGUGUGAACCCGUUGGUGAUCUUUCAGAUGUGAUUGAAGUCGGAAGCUUUUCCCGCACUCCGAGCAGCUGUGUGGUUUCAGUCCGGAAUGAAGGAGCUUAAGGGGGGGCCCGACUCUCCCCAUCCUGCGGAAAAAUUGGAUUUGUUGCCCCCAAUAUAUCACUGUUAACAUAACUAUUUCAUUUCAAUACUAUUAAUAAUACGCAAUGAAAGCACUUGUGCUGAUUAUAGACACUUAAUAGCGCGUUUUUACGUUUCACAAAUUGCAACACCCGCCCUUUGCCUCACAAUGGUUGGAUCCAAGAUCAGCAUGCAGCUGUAGUGCUUCUAAGUCCCUGUGAUAAGGUUAGCGAUAAACUGAAACAGAACUACACUCUCUUCUACCAUUGUCUUAAAUGUCUUUAAAUGGUCUCGUUGCAAAAGCUAAAUUGUCACUGGGGGACUUUGAAGCACCUGUGUGCCGAUCUUGGAGUAAACCGAAGAUAGCAAAGAUUAUAACAAACACCACAGAAACGGAAUUGGUGCUCGCUAGCUCUGCAAAUGCAGCUAUUGUGGGAAGCCAGCAAACACAAAAUGACAACAUAAACUAUAUUAAAAUUACAAAAUGUUGCAGCUUACGUUGUGUAAAUGGUGAACUCAUACAUACAGCUGUCAACCCUUGUCACUGCAAUCCGUUCACAUUUGCUAGCUGACCAGCUAGCUUCCUUGUAGAUCGAAGCCCAUCUCCUACUGUAAAUAACCUACAUACUAUGUGUGUGUCCAGCCAGCCAGCCAGGUAGAAAAAUGACAGUAAAAAGACGGACAUCAGAGCAUUUUUCAGUACACCAAAACGCAAGGCAGAGCAAGCAACAGAUGGCACACAGACAGCAGAGCUGGGGACAGUUCGGCAGGGACAGACUGGCAGAGACAGGGAGUCUCAGGAGACAGACUGUGAGGCAAUGAGGGUGGUGAAAGAGCCAGGGAGAGAGACUUCAGAGGACAGUGUCACAGCCACGGCAGGACCAGGUGUCAACCUUGUUGCCAGCAGCACCAGUAUAUGGAACAGUGGCACAGCAUUGUCCAGUUACCUCAGUUAUGGCACAAAACCAUAUCAAUUUAUAGAACCGCAAACUCUUGCCAACAGAGUGUUGAUGUUUCAAUAGAAAUGGUUUUGCGAUUUCCCCUGGCUACAUUAUAAUCCAUCAAUAAAAUGAGUGUUGUGUUUUCACUGUAGCCAAUUGUUUUCAAGCCAGCCAUCUUUUGGCCAAAGAGAGGAUGCUGCCUUCAUUAGUGCAGGAUUUAGGAACUGGAGAAAAGCCAUUGUAAAAUUCACAGCACAUCAAAACUGCCAAACCCACCGCCACUGUGUAACUGUAUCAGCACACCAGCUAAAUCCAAGCAGUGUCCAGUUAUCCAGCGCGUGGGGUAAACAGCAGGAGGACGCAAGGCAUUGCUUGAUGAAAAUUGUUAGUUCGGCGCUGCAUGUAGUAAGACAGGGACUAGCCUUUAGAUGCCACACGGAUGACAGUGGGAAUUUAUACCAGCUUUUGAAACUUAGGGCAGAAGAGGAUGAUCCCAUUGUACUGAAGUGGUUAUUAACAGAGCAUACCACAAUGUACACAGGCCCCAAAGCACAGAAUAAAGUUCUGUACAUCAUGGCCAAUACAGUCAUUCGAGGCAUUGCAGCUGAGAUUAGGUAUCUUCCGAUUGUACAAUUUUCAGUAAUUGUUGAUGGUACUGAAGAUGUUUCUGGUGCUGAACAGGAGAGUGUCUGCCUGCAUUAUGUUGACCAUGACCUUGUCCCUCACGAGGAGUUUAUUGGGCUAUACAAGGUGUCGGAGACAACAGGUGAGGGCAUUGCGAAAGUGGCAAAUUAUGUGUUGUUGAAGCUCAAUUUGCCCAUGUCUGACUUACGUGGGCAGAGUCACGAUAGUACCUCAAACAUGGCAGGAAAAUACACAGGUGCACAGGCAAUUGUGAGGAGGCAGCAGCCAUUAGCCCUCUAUGUGCAUUGUGGAGCACACUGUGUUAAUCUGAUUACACAGGCUGUCUGCUCAGCCUCCCCACUGAUCCGGGAUUCCCUUUCUUGGGUCCAUCAGUUAGGUGUCCGCUAUGGCCAGUUAGGAAAGUUUAAGAGCAUGUUGGAAUCAAUUGCCACGUCCAAAGAUACACAUCUGACCACCAUGAAACCCCUAUGUCCAACAAGGUGGACUGUGUGGAAUACUGCUAUUAGAGCUGUGCUAGGGCAGUAUGAACGGGUACUAAGCAGCCUAGAGGAGAUGGCAAAAAUUGCAUCCAAAACAGCUUCAACUGCCAGUGGCUUAUUCGAGCACUUCAGCAAAGGCAAGAGUAUGUUGGGCCUCACACUUGCCUCUGCUGUUCUUGGAGAACUUGAAUGCCUAAACAUUUCACAUUGCACAAGUUGGAAAGAGCACUUCUCACGGGGGAGUUGGUUGAGUCUCUAGAUCAGUACCCUGAGCUGAACAUAGAUUCUCUUUCAGUGCAGUUGCCUCUAUUUCACAACAAAUACCCCUGUAGCAGCAGUGGAGAGGCAGCGGAGGUCCUCAGGAGGCUUCCAGUGGAGGUGCGGGGGUUGUUUGACCAAGUUGAGGUGCUGAUCAGGAUUUUGUUUGUGGUGCCAGUGUCUUCAUGUGAGGAUUAGAGGAGUUUCAGUGCACUCCGUAGGUUAAAGACUUGGCUACGGGCUAGCAUGGGCGAAAAGAGACGGAACAGCGUAGUUGUCUGUAAUGUACAUAAAGACAGGCUGGAGGGAAUAUAUCUGCAGCAAUUUGUUGGAUCCAUUGAAACCCACAAACAUGUUUGGUUCUUAUGUUCAGUACUAUGUAUAUAUAAAGUUACUGGAAACCUUGUGGUGCUGAAUAUGUUCUUGACACUUUUUUAUUUCACGGACCAAUUGAAAUUACACCAGGGACCCCUAGGGGUCCACUGACCCCUGUUUGAGAACCCCUGGUGUAUAGUAUGAUAUUUGUUAUUUUGUUUAGUAGUUUUCAGUUUUUAUUACAUGACAGUACACUUACUAAUUAUUUAUUUUGUUAUUUUAUUUAAAAUUGCAUACUUUGUGUGGGAUACUUGUCCAUAGUUGUUGUUUGAAGAGUUGAGACACUGACUGAACAAUAAAUAAGUAUUUUUGAAGGAUAUUUUGGUUGAUUUAUUUUGGUUAUUCAUUGAAGUAGUUCUUUCACUUUUAGAACUACUUAUUUUGAGCU